AUGGGCCAGGGUCUUGGCGUGCUCGUGGCGCUCAUCCUGGAUGGCCUUCGACAUGGCUGCGCGCUCCUCGUUCCACUCGACCUGCUCAUAGUGGAAUUCGGUGAGCUUCUCGCUCUGGCUGUCGAUCUUGGCCUGCAGAGUUGCCCGGAUUUGAAGAACUCGCUCUCGAUGAUCUUCUCACGGACGGCGUUGGACUUACCGUCGACAAAUGAACUUGUGCUUCUCUGCCUCGAGAAGCUUUCCGACCGCUUCAAUCUCCUCCACGGACAUCUUCUUCCACUCGCCGAGCAACUGGUGGUGGAUGAGGUUGAGUGCCUGAUCCAUGCUCUCCUGGUCGUAGUGGCAGACGACGUGAGAGCGCUUCGAGGCAAAGUCGCGCUCCUCCGUGACAGUUUCGAUUUCCUGGUUGGCCUUCUCCAACAGGCGCUUGGGCUCAUUCCAACGGGUCCUGGUCUCGCUAUACCGAGUCUGCGGAUCUCGCUCCUCCUGCAGAGCCCGAUCGCGCCCGACCUCAGCAUGUUCACGCUCCUUGAUGGCCUUCUACUCGCGAUCAAUAGCACCCUGGCGGUCCUUCUCAGCUUUUUUCAGCAGGUCGACGAUCUUGACGCGCUCUUCCUCGGACGUUCUGCUCUGCUUGCGGAGAAUUUUGAGCUCCUCUUCGAGCUUGAUGGCCUUCUUCUCGAAGCUGUCGAGGACCUCCUUGGUGAUUUGGGCCCGCCUAAGAGAGUGGUGUACUUGCCGGUGAGCUCGGUGUGUGACUCGAAGAGCUUGGUGUAA